GAACACACAAUGUACCUACGUAUGUUCCGCCGCGCCGCACCGCCGGUCAGCGGAUAGCUUAAUGACUUCAUUAGUCGGGCCGACCGACCCCUCCCGCAAUCGAUAAUCGUAAACUAAACCACUUUACGGCCAUUCUAAUUCGUGUGCAAACCCUUUUUUUUCGUUUCCAUCCAUUUCAGAAUGUUUCACAACCGUGGCGGCACCGCCGUGGCCAUCUGGUGGUGGACCAGCUACUGCUACUGGGUGCUGCUGCUGCUGCUGCUCGGCGGGCUCGUACAUCGGACGGCCGGGCUGGACCCGAAGUUCGAUCCCUCGACCCGUAUGCGGCUGGUGCUGGUUCCGGCGGACGCCACCGUCGGUUCGGUCAUCUACCGGUUGCGAGCCACCGACGACGAGUUCGAGUAUCCGCUGCAGUUUGAGCUAGUCGGGGACGCCGCAUCGUCAACCGUCCAGAUCGAGACCCUGCCGUGCACCAAAUUCAACUCGAUCUGCCAGGCGAACGUGAUCCUGACGAGGCGACUGGAAGCGGGCCGCUACUACGACUUCCAGGUGUCGGUGAAGGACACCAAGGGUGGCAUGUCCGUGCAGGCGUGCUCGAUAACGGCCACCAACUUUACCACGCCGCAUGACCUCAUUUUUCCGCACAAAACGGGUAUCAUCAUGGUGCCGGAGGACGCCAAAAAAGGCACCGAACUGGACUACGUGCUGGCAAACCGGAAUCCGCUCCUGCAAAAGCCGGUCUAUUUGGAGCUUUGGGGUUCACCACUGUUUGCCAUCCGACAGAAAAUUGUGUCCACGGACAUGACGGAAGGAACCAUCUUCCUGCUGGGUCCGCUGGACUUCGAGAAGCAGGCCAUGUACCACCUGACCGUCCUUGCCAACGACGCCUACGCAGAACCGGGUCAGGAUUCGCGCAACAUUGCCGGCCUGGAGGUCGUGAUCAUCGUCGAAGACGUACAGGACGUUCCGCCGGUGUUCACGGUGGCGCCGCCCGUUACCCGGCUCCCGCCGGGGCUGAUUCCCGGCGAUAAGGUUCUGCAAGUUCACGCCGAAGACGGCGACAAAGGGGUGCCGCGGGAAAUUCGCUACGGGCUGGUUUCCGAGGGCAAUCCAUUUACGUCGUUUUUCGAAAUCAACGAAACUAGCGGUGAAAUUUCUCUGCUCCGUCCGCUGGACGACAUCCUGGCACUCACGCACGUCGGCGACCCGGUCCUACUGACAGUAAUUGCCGAGGAGGUCAAGGUUACUCGCGAUGAACCGCCGGCCAUGGCAACUACCGUGCAGCUGGCGUUUUUCCUGCCCGAACGCAGCAACUCGCCGCCGUACUUCGAGAAUGACCAUUAUGUCACUCGGCUGGAGGAAAAUGCCGCCCCCGGAACGACGCUCUCUUUCACCGAUCCGUACACGCCCCGUGUGAUGGACGACGAUGCGGGAAAAAAUGGCGUCUUCUCACUGACACUGAUCGGGAAUAACGGUACGUUCGAAAUCUCACCGAACGUGGCCGAAGGGCACGCUAAUUUCGUCAUUCGAGUCCGGGAUAAUUCGCUGCUAGACUACGAAACGGCCGAAUACGUUCACUUUCAAAUCCUAGCCCAGGAACUCGGUCCGGCAACGAACCUCUCCGCCUCGGUGAACGUUACCGUGUACCUGUCGGACGUCAACGACAACCCACCGGUCUUCGAACAAAACGAUUACAUCGUUGAUCUACCGGAAAACAUGACCGCUGGAACGCGAGUGGUUCAAGUGCACGCCACCGACGUGGACACUGGUUUGGGAGGAAAAAUCCGCUACACUCGUAUUCUCGGUCCGCAGAACACCUCCCUCAACCUGGAUCCCACCUCCGGGGUCAUAACCGUAGCCAUCAACAACCACGGCUUCGACCGGGAAGCCAUGCCCGAGUACCACCUGUACGUGGAAGCUCGCGACGACGAUGGCAUCGGCAACCGAGCCCAAGUCCUCCUCGUAAUCCGUCUCAUCGACGUAAACGACGAAACGCCCAUCUUCGAGAAGAGCCUGUACGAGUUUAUCCUCUCCUCCAACCUACGCAACUUCACCGUACCGGCGUACAUCAAAGCCAUCGACAACGACGCCGAAGCGCCGAACAACGAGGUCCGCUACGAGCUGAUCUACGGCAAUUACGAGAACAAAUUCGAACUGCACCCGAUAACGGGCGAACUGAAGCUCACUUCCGCUCUGGUGCGGCGGACGAAAAACGUCCGCCAGCGGCGCCAACUAACUAGUCAACAGCUAACCACCACCGACACCGGCGGUGGCACCUCGGCAGACUCGGACGUAUUCGUGCUGACCGCGCGGGCAUUCGACCUCGGGGUUCCAGUGCGCUUUUCCACCACCACCAUUCGGGUCUAUCCGCCGGAAAGUCGAACCCGAACGAUGACCUUCAUCGUGCCCGGUCACGAUCCGGACCGGGCUCGGGUGCAGGAAACUCUCGCUGACGUGACCGGCGGUCGGGUUAUCAUUCAGGAGAUCCGACCGUACAGCGGCAGCGUUCCCGGGGCCACCGACAUCGGUGGGAACAGCAAGGACCGCAGUGUGGUGCUGGCGACCAUUCUGUACGACGGUGACUCGGUGGUGGACAUUGGCCGCAUCCAGCAACGGCUGUCCGCGAACGGAACCGCCGUACACAGCGGCGGUAUCAGUCAGGACGAACGAAGUGCGAUUCUCUACAAGGCGGAGAACCGAGUGCUGUUCUGGUUGCUGAUCUUCCUAGCCAUCCUGCUGGCGCUGGGCAUUCUGACCCUGCUGCUGUGCUGCAUUUGUCCCUGGUGUCCGCUGUACGCCGCCACGAGAAAAAGAGUAAUUAGAGUCAAUAGUAUCGAAGAUGAUGUACAUCUUGUUCAUAGAGAGCAAGGCAUUGGAAAACAAUCAAAAUCGGUCCAGGUCGCGGAAUGGAUGGGACGAAGAGAAGCCUGGUCGGCGGAUCGAUCGUCCGAUUCCCGUACAAAGCCGACGCGCUGGGAAUUUAGAGGAAGACGACACACUAACAAAGCCUCACUAGCGGCGGCUGCAGCGGCUGCUGCCGCCGCUGGCGGUGCCGGAUCAUCGUCGACAGCAGCAGGCGGCGGUGGCGGUCGAGACAAUCGAGGACACACAAUCGACGACGACGACGAUAACGGUGGUGGCGGCGGAGGCGGAGGAGGAGGACCAGGCGGUGAUAGCAGUGGCGGUGGACCAAGAGGAGGAAGAGAUAAGAGAGUUAAAAAAGCGAUGACCGAAGUCGGUGGUAGAGGCAAGGAGCAAUCAGUUAAGAUUAGAAACGAGUACAACUCAAAGUCGGCAAACAAAAGCAUCGGUGGAGGCGGAGGUGGAGACGGUGGCGGUGGCGGUGCCGUCGUCGUUGGUGACGGACUGCACCGGUCGCGUAGCAACCUGCUGAACAACGAGCAACGGACGGACAUGUACAUCGAGGAUGUGGACGAUCACGAUCCGGAGUAUCAGUCGCUGCGGCGGGUCCAUCAGCCGCAGGUUCAGCAGACGCAGAUCGAUGACGAUUCGAUGCGGCGGCACGAAAUGGACCGGGGAAGUGAUUUGAACUACGAAAGAAGGGGGAGCUUCCGGCGGCAGGGUGGAAUCGGGAACAAUGGAGGGUUGGAUGAUGGGAUCGAACCGAGGGAUCAGUAUUAUAUUAAGGAUGGGAAUGCGGAGAUUCUGCGGUUGAUUACCAGAGGAAGGAAUGAGGAAGAGAAUAUCUAUGUGAAUGUUCCGCAGCGCGGUGGAGGUGGAGGGGGAGGCGGUGUUGGAGGUCCGGGGCAGUACAUAAUGGUGGACAAUGGAGGAAAGGAGAUUUUGAUGAGGCGAUACAUUGAGGAGCAAGCUAAUGGCAAGCAGAUUAUCCGGGAGCACUAUCAGCUGCUUCCGGGGACGACUUUCAUACAGACAAUACCGAACGAAGUCCCCGGAGGUUACCGGGGGGAGCACGUGACCGAGGUAAAGAUCGGCCACGAUCAGAAGACGAUGAAGGGCUCCGAUCGGGACGUGGAUGAGGACGACAUUCACAUAACUCACGCGGUUUCGAACCAUUCGUUGAUUCAGCAGGAGUUGGAGAAUUCUUUGAAGCAGCAGAAUGCUCUGCUGCGGCAGAUUCUUCUGGAGAAAGAGAAGCUGGAGGAGAAGUACAACCAACAGGAUCAGGCGCUGGAGACGCAGAGCUUGCCGUGUCAAUCGAUGGCGGUCGUUGCGGCCACGCAAACGGAUUGUGAAACGGCCACCCAAACCGAACCGGUUAAAAUCGAACGGCGUCGAACGAAGAGCGAAAAUGACGACUCCCUGUCGGAGGAUGAAUACGAAUACAUUAAGUUUAGUCCACCGGACAGUCCGGAUGGAGUGUAUCUGAUCAAGCGGAAGCGAACGCGGAAGAAGACCAAGUACAAAGCUGGCGAUGGAGACUCCAUGGACAGUCGGACCGGUCGCCGUUUCAUCACGGUGGAGUCCGUAAAGCGGAAGAUCCGGACACCGAUUCAGGAGGAGGAUGAGCACAAAAAAACACCGCCGCGGCAUGCCGAAACCAGAGCGAGCAUUCUCCGGCGAAAACGGAACGAAGAACGACUGAAAAAGGACGUGCUGAUGGAGAUUUCCGACUCGCUGGAGGACAAGGACAGCAAGAAGAAGGAGAAACGAAAAAAAGUGUACAAAAAGAACGUUAAGUAUUACGAAGAUUCCGACGGUUCGGACAAGGACGUCGCGGUGCAGAAGUACUUCUCCGCCGAUAGUUUAGAUGAGAUCAAUUCCGACGUAGAGGACUACAGUUAUUCGGUCACGAAAACUUCCAAAUCGGUGACAGUUUCACCGCGAGCUGGCGUACAGCAGCGAAUAUCCCGGAGGGACAACAGAACAACGGAGACAACCAGAAUACGGCUGGCAAGCUCCGAGUCUCCGUCCAGAACUCUCAAAGGCCCGGCUCCGAAGCCUCCACGGUUAACCAAGUCCCUCUCGAAAGAGGGCCUGGAAGCGCAGGACGGAAAAGACAUCCCAGCCAAGUACAUGGAUUGGUACUACAAUUUGGGCAGAGACGAUUCCCUGGAAAAGAAGUCCAAACAAGACAAGAAACCGUUGAAAAAGAAGGUGGUCUCUUCGUCCUCUAAAGAGGACGAUGGAAAGUUCAAACCGGAACCGAUGCCUCGGACCUCUCCCCCGAAGGAUGCCCGUCUUCUGAAGGAAGACCUUCAACUCGCGAAGCGAGUUCAGUCGCAAUCCUCCGGCGAACCAACCAGCCAUCCCCUGCUGCAGCACUCCGAGCAUCGUUUCGAAGCCGAGUACGAUCCGCACUCGCAAGUUCCUCCACCGCCGGACAAGCUGCCCCACUAUCUGUACCCGGCGACGCCCCCAAUCGUGAACCGCGACAACAAAGUUCAAAUCAAAAUCGUCGAUUCGUCCGCCAGCAAACCGUCGCCCAUCAAAGAGCACGAAGUCAAGGAACCUCGACCUCGCCCGUCCGACUCCCAUCCGUCAGCGACGGCAACCGCAACAGCGACAGCGACAACAACCGCAACAACCACCAAAACGCUCAACGCAUCCACCCUGGAGGACGAUCACGAUUCCGGCAUCGCGAUGAACUCCCUGCUGCACAACAAAAGCAAACGGCACCCGAUCACGGACAAGAAGAGCAUCUUUACGAUCGCGUACGACGACGUACGCAUCCGGCAGAUCCGCUCGGAGAGCGAUACGCCGCCAUUUUCCUAACAGCGGCCGAAACAGCCGCCUGCUGGCCUGCACAGCAGACGACUACGGAAGCAGUACAACGACGCUCAAGCCGAACAGCACCAGCAGCGGCAGCAGCAGCAGCAGCGACCUGCAGGCGGAAAGCGAACCCUUUCGUACCGCAACAGUGACUGAUGCGAGCGAGCCGGAACCGGAAGCUGCUUCACCACAAACAACGGAGCAGAUUGUACAGUACAAAACCAGAUCCCGUCCACACUAAGAUUCCGUCCCGUGUGUGCUAAGCUUUUCCUUUCCUAAAAUACGAAUGUAAGUACGAAAUCCAAGUUCUAAAACAAUAUUGCGGAAAUGAAACCGAAAACUGCCAUAACUGAUAAGUUGUUCGUACGUACGGUGUGUGAGCGUAAGCGAGAGAAAGAGAAUAAUUAGAUUAGAGAUUUUUUAAAACAACCAACCGCGCGCGCGCCCGCCAUUUCUCGCCCUCUGGUAGAAGAACCCUGACGGUACAGUACAGUCAGCGGUUUUCCUAUACAUAUAAUUUAGUGCAACAACAACAAACUUCUAACUGAUGUGUCAUUCCGAACGUGCUAAGUUUCCUUUACCGUUUAAGAGAGCAACUAGAACCAGAAGUGUACAUUUUUAAUAAUACGCCUUAAUUUUUCCUUUAAGAUUUAAACUGCUAAGGCUCGAACUGUGUGUGUACAUAUUAGACUACUACUGGCAAGAAAAGCCAAGGUUCGAAGAAGAUCCGUUUAGAUUGUGAUUAGAAAACAUAGGAACAAGGAACGAGUCAGCCGGCGGUGCCACACCGUGGCGCGCUCUCGGCUACGAAAAAUCAAGCAAUUUAACUUUUUUUUUUGUUUGUUCGGGCGUCCUAGUUAUCAAAUAACUAGUCUGUUUUAGAUGUUUAGUUUAUCAAUAAUCGUCGGUACGAUACGCGCAGCAUACGUAGUGAUAUUUUUUUCUUCCAAAAUCGUAAACUAAGGUAAACAACACAACGGAGAGAACGAACGGUUCGGAAGGCGCAAGCAAAUUUCUUCCAGUAAAACAAUCGAAGCAAGCCGUCCGCCCGCCCGCAGGGCGGGUUGGCCUUGCAGUAGCAACGUAGUUGUGUUUGUUUGUUUAGUAAAUUGUGUUCUGUUUAUUUGUUGAUCCAGUGUACAAAACAAAAGCAAGAGAGAGUGAGAGAAAGAGGAUUCUAUUGUUUCUUUUUAUGUUUGGAAAUUUUUCCUGUCCCUUUCUAGCGACCUACCUGUGUUAAAUGUUAUUCUUACGUAGAUGAAACUAAAUGUUUAGUUUAGUUUAAUGUUGGAACUGUGUAAAAAAGUAGCUUUAAGAUUGUCCCCUAUGGAAUACAGAUAUAGUAGAGAAGCAGCAAAGCAGAAUUAUAGAUUGGAUAGACGACUCUAUAUCUUUCUAAAGCCUGUGUAAAGAAAAGGCAUCGAACGAGUUAAGAAAUUCAA